UUUCCUACUCUAGACCUGAACCUGUAGCGCUUCAUAGUGGCAACCAUCUCUUUGCAGGGGACCGACUGCGGGAAGUAAUGGAAUGAACGAGCGUGAUAGCGACCUGCCUAUUCUUAUCACGUGCUUGGCCGCCAGUAUUCACUCGUCAUGGCUUGUCGUCAGCAUCCCCGUCACUAACCCGCCACCUCUGCGCAGGCCGUUACAGCAGACGGUGACGAGGGUCGAGAUUACGUGCAUUUGCUCUGGACGCGGGUGCGAGGGUAAAAGAUUCCGAUCUAUGCUGCUAAUUUCUUAUCAUCCGAGUCGGCUGUUCUUGGCGACAGUGGAAGCUCAGCUUCGGCGCACGCCCACGGCGAAAGACAAAAGGGAUGGAAAAGUAGGAGAAACAUUGCAGAAUGCGGGCCCUGACUGCGACGCCCACGUUCGCCCGUUGUUGAAGAACAGUGAGAACAUAAUCCGGUGCCUUUAGGAAGACAGAACUUCGACUCGUCGGAGCGCUUCCCAACCGAAGCGGUGCCACUUUCGAUGGGAAAACGGUGGGCGGCCCGCAGCAAUCACACGAAGGCCCAUCCUGGUAAUAACGAAGGCACCUGGAUUCCUGCGAGACAAUGACCAACGGCAAAGAUGACACGUGAGAAGACUCGUUAUAAAUGUUCAAAUGGGAAAGGCACAAAGAAGGAACUCUCCCGUCUGUGGAUACCAUCUACUGAAGCUUCGCACGCCGGCAGGGGGGCUCACACGGGUCAGAUCGAGAUCUCGAUGAUGGAACGAAGGGACGUGAGACACCGCAGGGGACCAAUCUGUUUACAGCAACCGACGAACCACGACGGGGCGAUUGUCGUCGCGGAAAUGCUUUAUAGGAAACCGGAAGUUCGUGCACACUGGCGGUCCAAUUCUUCGCCAGCGCUGGGUGGUCAAGCGCACCCAACGGUUCAGCGGUCACUGAAAGGGUCUGCGCCCUUCCAGCACUCGCAUUUUUACAUGGACAAAAUGGCGAUUCUCACCACAGCCAUCGCUGCUGUAGCCGUGACCACAGUCGUGUUCUGGCUGCUGAAACGUCGCAGCAGGCUUAGAUUAUUCAAAGACCUCGGAAUUCCAGGGCCGAAGCCGGACUUCCUGUGGGGCAAUCUGAAGCAGAUGGAUCACAGCCGCCUCGAGACAUUCGUGCAAUGGAGAAAAGAUCACGGAAAGCUGUUUGGCGUCUACGUGGGGAGUGAGCCUUUUUUGGUCAUCACAGACCCCGAAAUAGCGCACGAGUGCUUUGUCAAGCAAGCGGCGAUAUUUCAGGACAGACCGACAUCUUUCGUGGAUGCGGAGCCUUUCAAAAGUAGCCUCUUUCAGCUUGGCGGCAGAAAAUGGACGAGCGUGAGGGCGGCGUUGAACUACGGCUUCAGUUCAAGUGUGAUGAAGGAUCUCUCCACGGUAGCACACCUGUGCGCCACUAGAUUUGUGGAGCAGAUAUCUUCGAUAAGCUUCAGGAACGGACACGUAGAAGUGUUCGAUCGUGCAUUGGACUUUUCUUUCGACUUUCUCAUGAACACGGUACUGGCACAGAAGGUGAAAUCUCAGGAGGGCUCCAACGAGCCAAUCCUGGAGUCUCUGAAGCAAGUCACUAAGGACCUGGGAAACUCAGCCAUCGAAGUGGCAUUUACGGUACCCGUCGUACGCGCAGUCCUUACGCUGAUAUAUCCAUUCACGAAGCAUGCUAGAUCGUUCCAGAACAUUAUGAACCACGCACAGCACAUCAUCGACCUACGCCGUUGCGGAGAGCUUCCAAAAGAACCCAGCGUGCUUCAUACGCUUUUGGGGGCGGAAACCCUCAAUAUAGUGAAAAAGAAACCUAGCAGGCUCAACAAACACCUGAGCGACAAGUACAUCUCAUCCAAUGCGGCAAUAUUUCUUCUGGCUGGCACAGAGGCUAUGGCUUCCACGCUUUCUUUUCUCGUGUAUCUCUUGGCGAGACAUCCACGCGAGCAGGAAAAAGUAGUGAAGGACAUGGAAGACAUUUUUUCUUCUGAAGAUGGGAUCAAGCUGAACUUCGAGGAGCUGCAUCGGCUAAAAAGAAUCGACAUGGUGAUCUACGAAGGUCUUCGCCUCUACCCGCCCGUCCCACUGUAUUUGAUAAGGCGUUGCUCUCUGGACACGACUGUUUGUGGACAGCGCAUUCCAGCGGGUGUCAACGUGAUGGUUACACCGUGGCUCAUCCACCACGACCCUGAAGUUUGGUCGGAGCCUGCGAAGUUCCUCCCAGACAGGUUUGCCGAAGAAAAUAGCGAAAGUCGCCAGAAUGGGACCUAUGUGCCUUUCGGACUCGGACCCAGAGUGUGUAUAGCUCAGAAGUUAGCGUUCCUGGCGCUGAAGUUGGCGCUCGUUAGAGUUGUUCGAGAUUUUAGGCUCACCUUGUGCGAUGAGGCCACUGGGCCGCCAACUUUAUCGGUUCCUAGCGUAAUACUCGUACCUGGAGGAGGAGUGAGGGUCAGGCUGGGGCCCAGGACCGCGACGGCGUCGCGUGAUCGGUACAAGGCCGGCAAGCGUAUGUUCGUGGCAACAGACACGGACACCCUCCUGAGUGCGCCCUCACCUUCACCUGACCUCUCUCUCACGUGGCGAGCUUUUAUCAUGGAAAUAACGGCGUUCCUAGUCGCAGCUCUUGUUGCUAUCUCCGCGGCCACAGUCGUGCUCUGGCUGCUGAAGCGUCGUCGCAGGCACAAGUUGUUCAAAGAUCUCGGAAUCCCAGGGCCGAAACCGGACUUCUUUUGGGGAAACUUGAAGCAAAUGGACCACAGACGCAUUGAGGCUCUCGUGCAGUGGAAAAAGGAACAUGGAAAUCUGUUCGGCGUCUACGUCGGGAGCGAACCUUUCUUGGUCAUCACAGACCCACAGAUGGCACACGAGUGCCUUGUCAAGCAAGCUGCUAUAUUCCAGGACAGACCGACAUCUUUCGUGGAUGCGGAACCUUUCAAAAGCAGCCUCUUUCAGCUUGGUGGUAACAAAUGGAAGAACGUGAGGAAUGCGUUGAACUACGGUUUCAGUUCAAACAGGAUAAAGGAUCUCUCCACAGUAGCAGACUUUAGUGCCACUAGAUUUGUGGAGAAGAUAUCUUCGAUAAGCCUGAGGAGCGGACACGUUGAAGUGUUCGAUCGUGCAUUGGACUUCGCUUUCGACUUCAUCAUGAACACGGUACUGGCACAAAAGGUGAAAUCUCAGCAGGACUGCAACGAACCAAUUCUGGAGUUCCUGAAGCAAGUCUCUAAGGACAUGGAGAACUCAGCCAUUGAAGUGGCGUUUACGGUACCCGUCAUACGGGCAGUCCUUACGCUGAUAUAUCCAUUCACAAAGCAUGCUAGAGCGUUUAAAAACAUUAUGGGCAAUGUGCAACACAUAAUCGAAUUACGCCGUUCCGGAGAACUCCCGAAGGAACCCAGCGUGCUUCAGACGCUUCUGGGCACAGAAGCCCUCGAUGUAGCUCAAAAGAAACGUAACAGGCUCAACAAAUACUUGAACGACCAGGACAUAUCGUCCAAUGCGGCAAUAUUUCUGUUGGCUGGCACAGAGGCUACGGCUUCCGCGCUUUCUUUUUUGAUGUAUCUCUUGGCAAGACACCCAAGUGAGCAGGAAAAAGUAUUCAAGGAGAUGGAAGAUAUUUUUCCCUCUGAAGAAGGAAUCAAGCUGAACUUCGACGAGCUGCAUCGGCUAAAAAGAAUCGACAUGGUGAUCUAUGAAGGACUUCGCCUCUACCCUCCCAUCCCGCUGUAUUUGAUAAGGAGUUGCUGUCUGGACACGACUGUUAGUGGACAGUGCAUUCCAGCAGGUGUCAAUGUAAUGGUUACACCGUGGCUCAUCCAUCAUGACCCUGAAGUUUGGCCGGAGCCUGAGAAGUUCCUCCCAGACAGGUUUGCCGAAGAAAACAGCGAAAGUCGCCAGAAUGGGAUUUAUAUGCCUUUCGGAUUGGGGCCCAGAGUGUGCGUAGGCCAGAGGUUAGGGUUCCUGGCGGUAAAAUCAGCGCUCGUUAAAGUUGUUCGAGAUUUUAGGCUAACCUUGUGCGACGAGGCCGCUGGGCCGCCAACGUUAUCGGUUCCUAGCGUAAUACUCAUACCUGGAGGAGGAGUGAGGGUCAAGCUGGAGCCCAGGACACCGAUAGCGUCGAGUGAGCGGUGCAAGGAUGGCAAUCGUACGUUCAUGGCAGCUUAGGUUUGUGAGAGUAAAUAAGUAAUUCAGGAAGUGAACCAGCCUAUAUAUCAUGCGUUCGUGCACAUUUACUUGUAUCACACUCCCAAAAGCGCAAAUAUGAGCGAAAGAGAAAGGUAUAUAGACGCGCACCGAAGUCAUGUUUUGUUGCCUUUCACUUAUGCCUUUACGUUUCUGAUGCGAAGAAUUUUUUGCGAACUUGAACCGCCUGGAAUCUGUCUGUCUGUCUGUCUGUCUAUCUGUCUGUCUGUCUGUCUGUCUGUCUGUCUGUCUGUCUGUCUGUCUGUCUGUCUGUCUGUCUGUCUGUCUGUCUGUCUGUCUGUCUGUCUGUCUGUCUGUCUGUCUGUCUGUCUGUCUGUCUGUCUGUC